GGGGGGUCUGAGCUUAUUUCCAAUCACAAAGGUUAUACAGGUCUAACCUGUACUGUAGGGUGUUGCUAUCGUGUAGAAAACUACCUGCAUUAGUUCACAAGGGUGAAUUAAACGUAGAGCGAGGCACAGCUGGAGACACACAGUGACAGAUCAGAUAUGGCAGCUGGGACGGUUCUGAUGCUUUUGAUGUGUAUAGUCCUGUUGAAUCAAGGCUCAACGGCUCAGGACUGUGGAGAUGCACCUCUGAACACAAGGAUAGUGGGCGGCGAGAGUGCCACAGCCGGCUCAUGGCCCUGGCAGGUCAGCGUGCACUAUCUUCGGUCUCACAUCUGCGGAGGGACCCUCAUCAGUGACCAGUGGGUGCUCACAGCUGCCCACUGCAUCCUAACAAACCAAAUCGAUGAAUGGACUCUCUAUUUCGGAAGAGAGACUCAAAGUGGCCCUAAUGUUAAUGAGGUGAGCCGCACUGUUUCCCAAGUCAUCUUCCAUCCCGACUACAACAACACAAAGCUAAACAAUGACGCUGCCCUGAUGAAGCUCAGCAGCACUGUCACUUUCAACAACUACAUCAGACCCAUCUGCCUGGCAAGUACUACAAGCGAGUUCUUCAACUCCACCCUCUGCUGGGCCACUGGAUGGGGCAGACUUACGAAAAAUGAGCCUUUGCCAGCUACUAUGAAACUUCAGGAGGUGAAGAUCCCUGUCAUUGGAAAUAAGAAGUGCCGGUGCACUUACAAAGAAGAAAUAGGCAUCACUAACCAAAUGAUUUGUGCUGGGGAAGAGAACAAAGGAGUGUGUCAGGGGGACUCCGGGGGACCUUUGCAGUGCAAACAAGGCUCAAAGUGGAUCCAGGCUGGGAUUGCCAGUUUCGGAAUACCUUGUGCCGUUGCGGGUUACCCUGAGGUCUAUGGCCGAGUGUCUGAGUUCGAGGGCUGGAUCAGACAACAAGUGGCAGGAGCCAGUGUUGGAUUUUUGACAUACACCUCCAAUGGCAACGACCAAGACAGCAGCUUUGUGUGUCCCUCAAAUGGAACUGCACCCUCCUCAUCAUCAACCUUGACAGCGCUGCCUGUGUUUGUUAUAAGCCAAGUGACAGUGUUCCUGCAGCUCUUUUAGCUCAAUAGCAAAGUUGUAAAAAACAACUUGGUUGAAUGCACUUAUUGUAUGUCGCUUUAGAUAAAAGCGCCCGCUAAAUGAAAUGUGAUGUACCUUCUUUGGUGUUACCCUUUUGAAUUAAUUUGAUAAAGUUCUACAUUCUACUUACAUACAACCUCAUGGUUGUUGCAGUAGAGUUUGUAUGAUCAAAUUGUUGCCUAGGACAAACUGUUUGAUAAAUCAAUGGGAAAUCCAACAGUCACUUAGUGUGGUUGUGGUUUAACUUCUACAAGUCAUAGAGGCCAAUAAAUGCCUGCAAUGCAUAGCCUGUUAAUAAAGUUACAUUUAUUAGAUCUAAUCCUUGGUGGUUUAGAAGAUUGAAAGAGAGAUAUCAGGUCUGACAACCUUUCUAAAUAAUAAGUGUUGCAGUUGAUUCUACAUAACUCUGUGUCAAUCACGGGAAGGAGGUGCUGACAUUUUUAUUCUCCGACAGUUUCCAUUUUAUUUGUAAAGAUAAAAUCAUGACCUCUAAGGGUUAAAGGAAUACACAGCUCAGUAGAGCUAUAAGAGACCUGUGGUUGUUCUUGAUAAAUGUUGAUGAAUGAUGACUGA